AUGACCAAGGACUCGCCCAACCCUUCGGGUGGCAGCCGCGUGACACCCAAGAAGCCAGCUAGUCCAGGCGCGGCGGCGGCGGUGCUAGAGGAGCAGAGACGGGAGCUGGAGAAGUUGCGGGCGGAGCUGGAGGCGGAGCGGGCUCGCGGGCUGGCGGAGCGGCGGCGCUUCGCGGCCCAGGCGCGCCAGCUGCGGGAGACUGCUGAGCGGGAGCGGCAGCAGCUGGUUGACCAUCUGCGCUCCAAAUGGGAGGCACAACGCUGUCGGGAGCUGCGGCAGCUGCAGGAGAAGGUGCUGCGGGAACGCGAGGCCGAGAUCCGGCAGCUGCUGCGUUGGAAGGAGGCCGAGAUGCGGCAGCUACAGCAGCUGCUGCACCGCGAGCGUGAUGGCGUCGUGCGCCAGGCCCGGGAGCUGCAGCGCCAGCUGGCCGAGGAACUGGUGAACCGAGGCUAUUGCGGCCGCGCGGGGGCGCCCGAAGUCGCCGCCGCGCAGUGCCGCUGUCGCCUGCAGGAAGUGCUGGCGCAACUUCGCUGGGAAACAGACGGCGAGCAGGCCUCCCGCAUCCGCCACCUACAGGAGGCGCUCGACGUAGAGCGCCAGCUCUUCCUCAAGUACAUCCUGGAGCACUUCCGCUGGCACCCGGCUUUGUCCCGGUCCCCCGACCCCCAGGCUGUGCAAUUUUCGGAAGUGCCGCACCCCGACACCGCCUGCAACUCUCGCCGCCUCCCAAAGUCCGCCUGUCGACUCGAAUCCCUUGGCAGCCUGAGCGCCGGCGUCCGCGUGCGCUCCCGCUCCCUUGAUCUGGUGCCCACGGCGUGCUCCAACUCCCCAGGCAGCCUGCUCCCUACGCGCGCCAGCUCCCUUGAUUCCUUGGCACCAGCGCGUUCCCGCUCGCUCGACAGCACCCUGAGUCGCCCAAAGGCUCCUGAAUCCGAGGAGCGGGCCUCCUCCUCUCCAGACACGUCCACGCCUCCACCGCCGCCGCCGCCACCGCCGCCGCCACCACCACCACCACCACCACCACCAUCGGAGCACAGGGGACCUAGCGACCCGCCAAGAGAAGACUCCGGGAGCCAGCCCUGCGAGGCCUUGACCCUUUCGCCGCUGAGCUUGGACUACCAGGAGCUGGUGAAGCAGAACUCGGAACUGUCCCAGGCAUUGCAGGUGCUGGCGCGCCGCUGCUCUGGCCUGCAUGCAGAGAACAUGCAGCUGCGGCGCGCAGGCUUCCCAGACAAGGAGGACGAGAAGGUGAAGCGGCUCAAGGUGAAGCAUGCGGAGCUAACAGGCCUGGCGCGGCGCCUAGAAGACCGGGCCCGCAAGCUGCAAGAAACCAACCUGCGGGCUGUGAGCGCGCCUGUGCUGGGCGAGAGCCGCGCUGGCCUGGAGCUGUGCCAGGCCUUCGCCCGCCAACGCUCUCGGGACUUGUCGGAGCAGGCGAGCGCGCUGCUGGCCAAGGACAAACAGAUAGAAGAGCUGCAGCAGGAGUGUCGCUUGCUGCAGGCACACGUCGCCUCGGGCCUCGGCAGCGCCCCGCACCCUAGUGGGGGUGCGGCCAGCGCCCAGUGGCUCAACAUCAGCGACUUGGACCGGCUGCAGCGCGAGUCCCAACGGGAGGUGCUUCGCCUGCAGAGGCAGUUGACGCUGCAGCAGGCCACCUGCAGAGCCCGGGCGGAGGCGGGCGGCCAGAGUGCAUCCUGCGAGGAUGCGCGGCGCCAAGUGCAGGCGCUGGAGCGCGAGCUGGGCGCGCGGCGGCGCGAGUGCGAGGAGCUCGGUGCGCAGGCGGCGGAGGCGAGGCGGCGCGGCGAGGAGGCAGAGGCGCAGCUGCAGGCGGCGCUACGAGAGGGUGCCUGGCUGGCCAAGGAGAACGCGCGACUGCAGGCCCAGGCAGACUGGAUGCGGAAGGUGGCGGCGGAGAACAACGAUGUGCGCAGGCAGCUGUGCCGCGCGUGCCAGGAGCGGGAUGCCACCGGCUUGCUGGCGGAGCAGCUGCUGCAGCAGGCGGCACGCGGGCAGGACAAGCAGCAACAGCUGCAGCAUGACCUGCAGAAGGCCCUGAGUGAUCUCCAGGCUGCUCGAGAGGAGAUGCGGGCGCUGCAAUGUCAGCCUGGUCACCUUCCCCAGGAACCCUGGGAGGCGCCCCCAGCUCCGGAUUCUCAAGGCAAGAAUAGCAGAAGGACCAGGUUCCAGCCAGAGCCUGAAGAUCAAGCAUCAUCACAGCCCAGCAGAGACAAACAGGAGAAAGAAACCUCUCUGUUGGAGAGCCCAGUUGCCCUUGGGGACCCAGUCAGUGCACCCCAAGUGCCAGACAGAGUUCCAGCCAGCCAACCUCUGGACUCCAGCCCCCAAGCCAAGAAAACCAGCUCCCAGUCGAACUCCUCCUCAGAGGUGGAGUCCAUAUGGGCCACCGUGCCAUCUUGCCCUGCUCUGGACAUGGACACAGCCAGUGAGGUGGAGGAUCUGGAUCCAGACAGUGUGUCUUCAACGCUGGAAGUGGGGGACUCAGAGGCCCCUGCCGCCCUCAAGCUCAAGAUCUUCCUGGUUCGAUAUAGCUAUAACCCAUUCGAGGGGCCCAAUGAACACCCUGAGAGUGAGCUGCCCCUCACAGCUGGGGAUUACGUAUAUAUCUUUGGAGACAUGGAUGAAGAUGGCUUCUAUGAAGGGGAGCUUGAGGAUGGCCGACGGGGUCUGGUGCCCUCCAACCUGGUGGAGCAGAUUCCAGACAGUGACAUCUUUGGCUGCCUGCCCCCAGAGUCCCCAGACCUUGGCCCCACUCAGGUCCCAGCUGGGCAGGGCAAAGCUUCAAAGGAAGGCACUGGUCACAGCUUAUUGCCUGGGAAAACUCAGGGAGCUGUGGACAGAGGGACGUGCCAGAAAAAGGUGGGCUCCAAGACAGAAGUGGCAAUAGAAAUCUCAGAUGCCAAGACAGAAGAUGGCUGGCUUGGUUUGCUGCAGAGUGUGGAGGAGCAGGACUUCUCCAGACCCCUUCUGGGGGCCAAAGGGGUCCUUUGUGUGGCCCCCAAGCAACUACACCUGCAGAAUGUUGCAGCCACAUCGGCUGAGAUCACCUGGGUCUACAGCAGCAGCAGCCAUCCCCACGUGGUGUACCUUGAUGACCAGGAGCAUGCCCUGACCCCAGCAGGUGUGAGCUGCUACACCUUUCAAAACCUGCAUCCCAGCACACGGUACCAGGCGCGGGUGGAGGUGCAGCUGCCAUGGGACUCACUGCAGACACACUGGGAAACCAUGUCUUCCACCAUCACCUUUGACACACCCUUGGCAGGACCCCCUGACCCUCCACUGGACGUGCUGGUGGAACACCACACCUCCCCAGGCCUCCUGGUGGUCAGCUGGCUCCCAGUGACCAUCGAUUCUGCCGGAUCCUCCAAUGGAGUCCAGGUCACUGGCUAUGCUGUGUACGCCGAUGGGCUCAAGGUUUCAGAGGUCACUGAUGCCACUGCUGGGAGCACCCUGUUGGAAUCGUCCCAGCUCCAGCUGCCCCUGAUGUGCCAGAAGGUCUCGGUGAGAACCAUGUCACUUUGUGGGGAGUCCCUGGAUUCGGUGCCAGCUCAGAUCCCUCAGGACUGUGUCACCUGUAAACGAUUACCGGAGAACUCUCCCUUUAGCUAUACAUGUGGCGACCAAUUCCCAUGCAGAGUCACCUUCCCCGUUUGCCCUCAGAGGCUGGCACUGGCUCCCCUGAUUGCCAAAGCCAGCUCUCACACCCCCGGAAGCUGUGGGGAGCCCCGGGCUGAGUUCCUAGAAGCAUUCCCUGAAGAACUGCCAGAGAGGCACUCCCCAGUGCGUAACCUGAGUUCAGAAAGAGAAUAUCCAAGUGCAAAGGCUGGCAGCCAAGGCCAGGGGCCCACAGAAGCUUGGGAGGUAUGCAGAAAGGAGGUGUUAUUUCAGAAGAGUCCCCAGAAUUACAGGCUGCCUCUGCCCAGUAGCCAGUCUGAGGAGGAAGAAGACCACUACCAGCACAGGGGCACCAGCCAAAGCCCUGCUCUGGGAGUUGUCCAUCUGUCCCCCGAGUGUGGGCCUGGGAAAGAACUAUGUCAGGAAAAGGCCACCCUUGAGAAGGACCUCAGGCAAAAGCAAGAUGCCCAAGUGUUCACCGCUCCCCAGCUGGGCACAAGCCAACGAUACGUGUCUGACUUUCGCAACAUUUUGCAGAAGGCGGAGGCAGUGUGCUUCGGUCCAUGGGGCACAGAGAGACAAGAGCAGAGAAGGGAGCUUAGGGCCCAGAGCGGGCGAGGUCAGGCUCUGGGUAGCAAGAGGGAUUGCCAGCUCCAUGAGCCCAGCUCAGUGCUUUGUCCAGCUCCAUCCAACAAAGUCAUUAAGAUGUCCAGGGAUGGCCCCCCACAGCUGGGGGUAGGCGUGGACACUCCAGUCAGGGUUUUUGUGGCCCUCUUUGAUUAUGACCCCCUAGUGAUGUCUGCCAACCCCGAGGUUGCAGAGGAGGAGCUGGCCUUUCAGAAAGGGCAAUUGCUGAGAGUGUGGGGCUCUCUGGACCCACAUGGCUUCUACCAUGGUGAAUGCAAUGGGCAAGUGGGCAACAUCCCUGGGCACCUGGUGGCUGAAGCAGAGUCAGGCAUGGAGCAGACUGACAGGAGGCGGCAUUUGCCAGCGCAGGGGCACACGCCCUCUGUGGCCCACCUCGAUGAUUUUCGUGGACUCACCAGGAGGCCUCCACUGUGGACUCCGACAACCAUGGUGGCAGCUCUGGACUAUGACCCCAAGGACAGGCGAGGAGGGGGCCUGGUGAAGGGCAAGCUAUCGCUGAAAGCAGGGGACGUAGUCACAGUCUACGGGCCUGUAGAUGACAAGGGAUACUAUUAUGGGGAAUCAGGCGGUCACAGAGGCCUAGUCCCAGCUCACCUGCUGGAUCACAUGUCCCUCCAUGGAGAGUGAGCAAGGCUACCCACGGGGGUAGUAGCCUCUGGCCACCAGCGCCCCACCAGAGGAGAAGCAAGCAUGUGGACCCUUCCACCAACACCCCUCCUCCCCUCUGUGAUCACCCCACUAUGUGAAACUGAUGACAGUCGUCAGGCAUCCCCUAGCCUCUGAGAGCAACAGGGCUUAAGUCUGAACUGAGCUGUUUCCAAAAAAAACAGGACACUCAGCCCCUAGAGUGUGACAGGCUGGUUCGGCGUUGUUGGUAACUCCAACAGGCAUUUGAAGAAGUGGCUUUCUGUGCUCAGUAUGCGUUUUCUUUAGGAGGUGAACAUUAUUCAUCCAUUGCCUUGUAUGAAAGUCUCAAGAAAAGCCUGCCUCUUAAAAAAAAAAUGUGACUAGAAUGUUAUUUUUCUAUCUUAUGUUCAACCCCUCAUUAAAAUGUUGAUAGAAAAAAGAAAAAGAAUAUUUUAGAAGUGAA